AUGGAUGAAAUAAUAAUGCUUAAAGAAAAAUAUAUAAAAAUAACAGAUUUACAAGUUAAAGAUUUAUUGCAAAAUCAAGUUAAAUUAAUCAAUCAUGUUAAAAAUAAACAGAAUCAACAUUUGACUGAGGAUGAAAUAAAAAUCAAAGAUUUGACAUCAAAAAUAACCUGUAUGAGGGAAAGUCUCCAUUCUGAAGAACAAACAUUGAAAUAUAAGAAUCAUGUUUUAUCUAAACACUUGGAUUACUCAAUAGAGUUAGAAGCAGAAAAAAAUAAAUUUUUGGAAGAAAGUCUGUCAUUAGAAUUGCAGAGAAAUAAACUUAAAAUAUGUAAGAGAAACUUACAAGAUCAAAAAUUAUUGAAUCAAGGAAGAAGGAAAGUUUCAUUGUAUAAAGAAUUAACUGGAAUACGAUGGGAUUAUGAAAAACUUAAAGAAAAUGUAGCAGGAUAUGUGUCAUAUAGAAGAAAAUAUAUUCAUUACUUUUCUUAUACAAAUGAAAAUACAAAAGAUUUAAGUAAUCUUUUAUGGCAAGAGAUAUUUCAGUCUACAAUUGAUGCGGAUGAAGACAUAUGUAACAAGGAAAAUAUUGUAUUAAAUAAAUAA